AUGACCAACGCGAACGUAACAACAGACCCGACAUUCCUAACCGAUGAGACACUGCAUGAAGCCUAUGAGCUCGAAAUCGCCGACAAGAAUGGCGCGCCGGUGCGAUUCGGCGAGCUCGUUGCUGGAAAGGGGGAUUCAGUGACUACUAUAGUUAUUUUUGUCCGCCACUUUUUCUGCAUGUACGACCAGGACUACGUCCGCGCCUUAUCUAGUAAGAUUACUCAAAGGCUGCUCGACACAAUCCCGCACCACGCCAAACCAGCCCAGGUCAUUAUCAUCGGCUGCGGUGACCACACUUUGAUCGGCCCGUAUAUGGAAGAAACCUCCGAUGUACUCCCCAUCUACUCCGAUCCCUCGGCGAAGAUAUAUGAGACAUUGCAAAUGAAACGGACCUUCAAGGGAUUUACUGAUCCGCCGCCAUACGCGUGCGAGUCUUUUCCCAGUGCCCUCUUCAAGGAUCUGAAACAGAGGUGGAAGCGUGGGUGGGGCGGACAGAAGAGUGGUCCUGCCGAUCAGCAGGGGGGCGAGUGGAUUUUUCAAAGGGGGAGGUUGAAGUAUGCGCAUCGGAUGCAAGCGGUGAAUGAUCAUCUAACGGCGGAUCAGUUGUUGGAUAUCUUGAAGCUGGGUCAAGUGCAGGAUCAGGGCGAACAGGUAGAUCAAACUGGUGUUGAAUCUUCGCCGUCGCAAGGAAACUCAACUUAA